AUGGCCAUCGAGAAACCCGACCCCAUCCUGCUUACGCUAUUUGCGAACCGCUUUAUGAGCGUCGCCGAGGCCGCCGGUCGCGCUCUCCAGCUCACUUCCAUCAGCACUAACAUCAAGGAAAGGCUCGACUUUUCGUGUGCACUGUUCGCUCCGAACGGAGACCUCAUCGCCAAUGCGCCUCACCUGCCCGUCCACCUCGGCUCAAUGUCCUUCGCCGUCCGCUACCAGGUCGCAACUCUCGGCGUCGGACCGGAUUCGCCCAGCGGCGACGGCAUCGUCGAUGGCGAUGUUCUCCUGACGAACUCUCCCACCGCUGGAGGAAGCCACUUGCCUGAUCUCACAGCCGUGCGUCCAGUAUUCGACGCCGAGAAGAAGAACAUCAUCUUCUUCGUCGCAUCUCGCGGACAUCACGCCGACAUUGGCGGCGUAUCGGCCGGAUCGAUGUCUCCGAACGCUACGACCAUCUUCGAGGAGGGCGCAAACAUCGAGACGUUCAAAAUCGUGCGCCAGGGCAAGUACGACCGCGAGGGAUUGUACCAGCGACUCGUCACGGAACCCGCUUCGUACCCUGGCUCGUCGGGCUCCCGCUGCUUCCGCGACGUCGAGUCGGAUUUGCAGGCGCAGAUCGCUGCGAACCAUCGCGCUGUGACCCUCCUCUACGGCUUGAUUGACGAGUACGGCCUCGAUACGGUCCAGCGCUACAUGGGCUUCAUCCGCGACAACGCCGAGUUCGCCGUCCGCAACCUCCUCUGCAAGGCGGCCAAGCGUGCGGGCAAGAAUGUCCUACACGCUAUCGACCACAUGGACGACGGCUCGCCUAUCGAGUUGACCAUCACGAUCGACGAGGAGACCGGCAGCGCCGUCUUCGACUUUGAAGGAACGGGCCCCGAGACCUGGUCGUCUCUCAAUGCGCCGAUGGCCGUCUGCUCCUCCGCCGUCAUCUACUGCCUCCGCAUCAUGUGCGACGAGGAGAUCCCGCUCAACGCCGGCUGCCUCGCGCCUAUCGAGCUCAGGAUUCCCAAGGGCACGAUCCUCAACCCGUCCGAGACCUGCGCCGUCGUUGGCGGCAACGUCACCACCAGCCAGCGGGUCACCGACACGGUUCUCCGCUGCUUCGAGGCCGUCGCGGCGUCGCAAGGCGACUGCAACAACUUUACUUUUGGCACUUCAAACUUCGGUUACUACGAGACGAUCGCUGGCGGCAGCGGAGCUGGUCCCUCUUGGCACGGCGAGUCCGGCAUCCACUGCCACAUGACCAACACCCGCAUCACCGACGUCGAGACGCUCGAACGACGCUAUCCGUGCCUCCUCCACGAGUUCAGCAUCCGCGAGGGAUCCGGCGGCAAGGGCAAGUUCAAGGGCGGCGAUGGAGUCGUGCGGGACGUCGAGUUCACGAUUCCUAUCGAGGCGUCCAUCCUGUCGGAGCGUCGCGUCAAUCAACCGUACGGUCUCAAGGGUGGCCAGCCUGGCGAGCGCGGCAAGAACUUGUGGAUCAAGCAGCGCAGAAAGGAGGACGGCGACUGGAAGGCCGACGACUCGUCGCCUCGUGUCAUCAACCUUGGACCGCGAAGCACAAUCAAGAUGGGCGCCGGCGACCGCUUCGUUAUCCACACGCCCGGCGCAGGAGCUUGGGGCGACGAGGACUGGCAAGACGAGAACGUCGCUCCGAGUGCGUCGAAGGCGGCGAGCAAGCCUACUCUCGUUGGACUGGUCGGAAGUCUCGCUGAGCGGGCGGCGGCGCAACUUGGUGUCUAG